CUCAAGCUUUCAAGGUGAGCGCACGUCGCUUCAAUAGGCAAAUUAUCUCGCCACAAAAAGCAUAAUUAGACGACCGAAUAAAAUGGUUUCGUUGCUGACGUUAUUACCCGAAGAAGUAGAGAAGGCACAAUUGGAAGAUAUGAAUAGGAAAUUGUCUAUUGCACAUAGUGUGGUUCAAGUGUGUAAAGCGGAAACCAAUAGGUCACCACCAGUCUGUAGUGUAUCUGAAAGAGCCCUUGACCUCACAAAAGCUCACAUUAAUUUAAUACUCAGAUCACAAGGUUUAAUACGGCCUAACAUAACAUAUACCGAACCGAAACAAACGCAUGAUAUUUUACUGUUUAAACCACAAAUUUACGAAAUCCUGCGAAACGUCUACGUAGAUUCAUAUUUAAGAAAAAACCAUAUUCCUACUAAGACUACGUUUGAAAGUAACUUUAAGAAGAAUAAGAAGCAGCCUAUUGUUGAUUGCUUAAAACGUCAAGGAUUCACAUGGAUCAAGAUACCGGGCACUUCAAAAUGCUUGCUAGUAGAAAGCCCCUCCCAAGUACGUAGGAAAUGCGAAUAUUUCAUGAAAAUUGCACAAUAUAGGAGUGAAGGAAGACAUAUUGUGUAUAUUGAAGAAAUGAAUUGCCGCAAAAAGGCCAUUUUCUCCGAAGACUUCAGCAGCAUGGAUGAUAAUCUGAAAUUUUUGUAUUUAAUUGCAGCAAACAAAGAAGGGACGAUCCAUUUAAGUUUCUUUUCAACGGGAACCGUCCAAGAAUUUUUGCGGAAGUUCUUUAUGGACCUGAUUUUAACGAAAAUAAAAACACCAACAGUUUUUGUUUUGGGUGAAAAGUUUCUUCAUGAGAAGAACAAGUGUCCACUGCCUAAAUUGGACAGCCCUAAAGCUGCAAUGUUGGAGUUUCUGACAAGGAAUAAUAUACCUCACGACGCGAAUGCGCCUAAGGCCGAACUGUACUUGCUGAUACAACAAUACAAGAACACUUGUAAGACGGAAUUUUACUCACUGGACGAUUUGGUCAGUGGUUACGGUCACGUUAUCCUACGCCGACCGUACGUUUUGAGUUCAUUAAGUUAUUUCACAGACUUUGUUAAACGUGUAAAGGAAGUUUUACGUAAUGGGUUACAUCAUCUUUACGUAGUGAAUGUCAUAAGUACGAUGUCAGUGGCGGAUUGGCAGAGAAAUGAGCAGGAUCUAAUUGAACGCGAAAAUGAGAUGUACACAGAAGACGUGAAGAUUGAAGAAAUAGUUGACAAGCUUUUUAUGAUGGCGGAAGAUGGGCGUUUGUCGCAAGAUGACUUUGUUCUGAAUAGUCUAGACAAAUGUGAAGAUACAGGAUGUUCGUCUAUCGAUAAAAUUGUUAUUUAGGGUUAAGUGUUAUACCUUCAAAGUCUGUUGCAGAAGUAAGCUUUAAUUCUUGUAUUAAAUAUAGUUAACUUAAUACUUUUGUUUAUUCUUCUUUUGUAUUCUAUUUUUCUGCUUAAUAUUAAGCUCACACACACACUCGUUUCAUAUUCAGUAACACGACGAGACAACGGAAUUCCACUUUACUACGAUCCUGACACACCUCUUUCGCUUCUCUCUCUCACUUUGGUCAAAAUCUUCAUUGGAAUUCAGUGAUGUCCGCCUACCCCAACGGGAAAUGGGCGUGAUCUUUUGCAUACUAUCUCUCUCUAUUUAAGAGCUGCGCUCUAGUCGGUGGAGUAAUCGCCUUCAUUACUCCAUAGAUAGGGCGUGUAGAACGGUGGUUGCCCCAAUCGCCUUCCGUUCCGCAGUACACCGACCAAUUUCUCAAUCGGUGAUGUUCUAGCUAGAGCCCUACCAGAAUCCAUUUCCUCGGCCUACAACCAGUACUGAUACCGCUGCUGCCCGGCAUCAGCAUACUAUGACUGUGUGUAAUUAACACACAUUAUUUUACCCGAUUCGAUUCCGUGAUUCGGAAGCUACGUUCCAGUCGGUUCCAGCUACUAUUCACCUAAGUAAUUAUGUAGUCGUUACAUUAUACAUGUUAGGGGCCUUUGGCGGCUCAAUAGUAACCCUAACACCAGGGUGAUGAGGUCGGUUAUUCGUCUCACAAUCCGUCGACAAAAGACUCUCAAAUCCACGACAGAAGACCUUUUCAUUUAGUCCUUUACACAGAUAGUCAAAUAAACUUAAGAUUUAAUAUUAUUAUGUGUUAAGGUUGAUAAUGAGUUUUCACAUCCUAUAACAUUCGGAAGUUGUUUUCUUACUAAAUAACAUUGUUAGCAACUAAUUACAACCACACUCCGGACGGUACAUAUAAAACUCCUUUUACACAGACACUACAAAUCACGCGUGCGCGCGCAUCUGUGUGUGAAACGGCUGACGCCCAUAUGAAGGCUAA